AAGCUGGUUAACAAAAAGGAACAAGGAGGAUAUAGCUUGGCUUUAGAACUAAUGGAGACUGCAUAGUUUGACUUUCCAUCAUCGAUGAAGCUGCCACGGUGGCAACGGCGGUGCUUGAAUGCUUCGUUCUGCUGCCACGUGUUCUCGCCUCUUGUACAUAUCACCACGUGUUUGGAUCAUGAAGCUGUUACAGUUUUCUUUGUCUGAAAGCGUGUUGGCUUGGGUCAUAUUAUUCUCCUUGUACUUUGCCUUUAUGGGCUUCACCAACAAUAUUAAGCUGGUUGACCAAAAAUAGAUAAAAAAUUUAGUGUUCAACAGUUCCAAGAGAGUCUUGAAUCGUCGAGAAAAUCUCUAAAGGCUGUCUUUUCAUCUCUCUCUGCUGCGCAAAGGGUCUUAGACAUGUUUAAAACCUACAAGAGGAGGAGAUUAAAGAAACCUGAUCGCUCAAGGGAAGAAGAUAGGUUAAGCAAUUUACCAGAUGAUUUGUUAUGUCGUAUUCUCUCCGAGCUCCCCACUAAAGAUACGAUACGCACCCGUCUCUUGUCAAAGAGAUGGACAAACCUUUGGUUAACAGUUCCCGCUUUGGACUUGGAUUCAAAGAACUUCGAACACGAUGCUUUCCUCUUCGAUUUCAUAGACGAAUUCGUAGAGUCCAGCGAGGAGGAGCGAGGAGACAUCAUCAAGAGAUUCAAGUUGGUCUACGAUGCUUUCGACCAUAUCCAUUCUGAUUUCGUGCAGCGGAUGGAUGGUGUGGUUAAACGCAGGGUUUGCCAUCUAACCGUUCUGAACCGUGUAGAUGGCGAGGAAGCUCUGGUCAGAAUGCCUCUCUCGCUUUAUUCCUGUGGAACGCUGGUGGACUUGACUCUCUACAAUGUUGUUUUCGAUCGUCCCGAAAAUGAGUUGGUUUCUUUGCCUUGUCUCAAUACCAUGCACCUAGAGGCGGUCAAGUUUGAUGGGAAUGAUAUUUUAAAGAGACUCAUAUCAAGCUGUUCGGUUCUUGAGAAGCUGGUUGUAAUUACACAUCCCGGUGAUUAUUUGGAAGUUGUGUCUGUGCGUUCUAAAUCGCUGAAAAGCUUCAAGCUAGAGUCUAUGCGUGAAACGUUUGAAGAUCAUGGUCUUGAUCCUAGGGUUGAAAUCGAUUCUCCUAGUUUGGAGUAUUUGUGUGUGACUGAUUACAAACCUAGAAGUUUCUGUAUAUACAAUAUCAGUCCUUGUGCAAAGGUAGACGUUGAUGUUGUGUUCGAUGUCGAGUUUGAUGAUGAUGAUCCAUUGAACAGAACUAGGGUCCAUAAUUUUCUCAGAGGGUUAUCCACAGUCCGUGAAAUUGUCAUAUCUGCUCGAACGUUAAAGGUCAUCAAAGUUUUCUCCCAAUUUGAACCGUUACCUCAGUUCUCGAACUUGUCUCGCUUGGAUGCUUCGUUUGUUGAAUCUACUUUGGAGGUGUUGCCAACUUUUCUUGGCUGCUGUCCAAAUCUACAGUCCCUCGUAAUGGAUUUUGACUGCCUUCCAAAGACAGAUAAUGAGAUAAAACUUUCUUAUGUACCUCAAUGUUUCAUAUCAUCUCUCGAGUUCGUUCUGAUGAUGACACCAAUCACAGUCACAGAACCAUCGCUUCAAAUGAAUCUAGCAAAAUACUUUGUGAGGAACUGUGGAGUUUUGAAGACGCUGAUGGUAAGUGAGAGUUUUAGUAGCAUCAUCAAGAAAAUCGAAAGGAUUCCAAAACGGUCUGGAGGGUGUGAAGUUGUGAUGCUAAAUCCCUGCGUGGUUGUUCAUCAAACAUCCAGUUUGUACUAAUUGUUACCAAC